AAUGGACAUGAUGUGCCUACCAACGGGAACGGCAAUAGCCCCCUCAAUGGCCACCAUGGAAGCAAUGGAAUCGGCCACCACACCAAGAAUGGCUCUGCUAUUUCCAAAGCAGGGAAAGCCUCCUCUGCCGGCCUCGAUCCGCCUAAACUCCUCGUAUUCAGUGCUGCAGACGAGAAAGCAAUGAAACGUGUGAUGACAGCAUAUGAAGAAUAUUUUGUCAGCAACACUUCCGAAGACAGUUCCAAGUUGGCCAAACUGGCUUACACCUUAUCGGAUCAUCGCAGCCGCAUGCUAUGGAGAUCAUACGCACUUGCCAGGCAUGGGUCACAGACAGCUGAGCCUUCAUUCUCUGCAGCAAAAGCAAUACGCAGCUCGGCAGAUGUGAACCUGGCCUUUGUUUUCACAGGCCAAGGAGCGCAGUAUGUUGGAAUGGGCCACGAUUUGUUGCAGUUUCUAGUAUACAAGGAGACUCUCCGUAAAAUCGAUAGCAUUUACAAUGGAUUAGGUUGCGAUUGGUCCAUCCUUGCAAUUGAAGAUUAUCAACACCAGAUUGAUAGUCCCGAUUAUAGCCAGCCUUUAUCUACAGCCGUCCAGUUAGGUUUGGUGGAUUUGCUGAAAAGCUUUGGGCUCGCCCCCAAAGGCGUGGUUGGACACUCAUCUGGAGAAAUAGCUGCUGCAUCACACUCGGCAGUGGAAACAGCUCUGGAGGCUGUAGGGCAGCUUUUCUGUCUGGGUCACCAAGUUUCUAUCUCAUCUGUCAAUCAGAGAAUGCCCUCAGACUCUUCUGAGUUUCUGCUCGAUUGCCCCGAAUAUCCUUUCGAUAGAACGCAUCGCUAUUGGGCGGAAUCACGAAUCAGCCGUGAUUACAGGCUGCGUGGAAAAGUCCACGGCGAAACCCUCGGCGUUCGAGCAUCAGACUGGAAUCCCUUGGAGCCUUAUUGGAGGAACUUCCUAACAGUGGAAGCAACUCCUUGGUUCAAAGACCAUGUGGUUGAUGGGACAGUUCUUUUCCCCGCCAUGGGGAUGCUUGUCAUGGCAAUGGAGGCAGUCUAUCAGGUUGUGCCGGAAGAUCAAGCCGUGGCAGGCUAUUACUUCCAAACGGCCGAGUUUAAAAACCCAGUUAUUAUCCAGGAGACUUGGGAAGAUCGAAUCGAAACCCAAAUGCGUCUUCGAACAGUCAACUCUCCAAAGGUUGCUGGAGAGUCUCAGUGGUUCGAGACAACUCUUUAUUCGUAUUCCCGAGACCAGUGGACAGAAUGUUUCCGGGCUACCCUCAAAGUGGAAUACGAAGCAGUAACAACCUCUGAGGCUAGCAAGCAAAGACUCGAAGGUCAUGAGGAAAUUCGACACUACUAUGACCAGGCCAAGUCAUCUUGCAAACACUUCAUCUCCCCAGAUGCAUUUUAUCGGGAUGCAGCUAAGAAUGGUAUCCAGUGGGGACAGACCUUUCAACUGAUCCAAGAUGCUUUCUAUGAUGAGAAACGAAAUGUCGCCAUUGGCAAAGUAGACAUAUCAAAGGGGAGACAUGUCACUAGCAGUCUUGUCCACCCUGCUGUGCUUGAUCAAGCGUUCCACAUGCUCCGACUGAGCGGAGGGCAACAGCCGUCAGGAAAUAUUCCCAUUCGGAUCCAAGGGGCAUGGUUCGCUGCUUCCGGGUGGCAGUCGCCGCAUACCAACUCCAUUAGCCUGGUGGCAAACUCCAAAGUCAGAUCAAUUGUCCAUGGCCCAAGCAUUGGAGAGGAUGGAAGUAUUCAUGCUCUAGCUGAUGAUGGGACAGUACUAUGUUCCAUCGAAAGAGCCGUGACCUCUCCUGUUUCCAGGAACGAAGACAACGAGGAAAAGAAGCUGCUGUACAAAAUAGAGUGGAAGCCCCAGCUGAGCCUCAUGACGAACGAGCAGCUGGAAAGAGAGUGCUUGACACAGGCCGCCCCCCGAGAUGAAAGCCUCAUUUUGAGCAAUCAUAUCAAGCUUGUCAAUGUCUUGGGUCUCGUUGCGGGCCGUACGCUAAAGACAGUAGAUGCCUCCACAGUUCCUCAGAAGCUGUCGCGCCAUUUCAAGUGGCUUGAAGAUCAAGUCAGAAAUCUCUCGCCAAGUCAGAGAGAGGAUGUGGAUAAUCUCAGCGACGAAGAAGUUGAAGCACGGCUUAUCGAAGUUGAAGAGGCACUUCCGGCUUGGGGGGUUUAUAUCGCCUGCGCGAGAAAACUUCAAAGCAUGCUGGCCGGCGAAGUUGACCCCCUUCAAAUUGUUUUCGAGUCUGAUCAGGCGAAGGUGUUCUAUGAAAACCUAUUCCUGAGCCUCUGCUCUGACGGGCGGCUGUUCCCCGUUCUUGACCUGGCCUCUCAUCAAAACCCGGCCCUUCGGGUUAUUGAAGUUGGUGCUGGAACUGGCGGCGUGACGAGACAUCUCUUCAAGGCGUGGGGCGAGCGCGAAAAGCGCACCGGAGCCCCCAGCUUUGCGCAUUACACUUACACGGAUAUAUCCCCGAUGUUCUUCGAAAAGGCCAGCAACUUGUGGUCUGACUUGGUGUCUCAAGACCGAAUUUCGUUUAAGACAUUUGAUCUGGGAGUACCAAUCCAGGAUCAGGGUUUCGAAAUAGGAACAUAUGACCUAUUGGUCGCUGGAAGUGUUAUGCAUGCCACGCCGGAUCUGGAGUUCACAAUUCGCAAUGUCAGAAAGUUGCUGAAACCCGGAGGAAAGCUUCUCCUCCUUGAAACUAUCAAGCCAAGUGACAUUGCUGUCAACUUUAUGGCGGGUCUUGUUCCUGGCUGGUGGGUGGCAACAGAGGAGUGGCGAGCAAAUUCGGCUGCUGUGGACGAGUCAGUUUGGGAAAGAUGCUUGCGGAACAACGGAUUCUCGGGUAAUGACCUUGUUAUCCGUGAUUACGAGACAGAACAGUGCCAUAUUAUGAGCAUAAUUGUCACUACUGCCGUUGAGGAGCCGAGGCAAGAUGUUUCAAAGACGACCUCGAGAGGAGUUGUUAUAGUUACCGAUGCCACACCGUCCGAUCAGCAGAGUGACUUGGCCACGGCCGUGGUAAACAAACUUCAAGCGUAUGGGGAGCCGUAUGUGUGCAGCUUUACCCCUGCCCUACUCCAAGAAGCAGCGAAAAACUGGAAUGAAGACACUGUCGUUAUCUUCGUCGGCGAAGUUAACAAUAGACCAGUGCUGGCCAACCUCAGCGAGGAUGAUUUCUUCAGCUUACAGGUUUUGAUGAAGCAUGCAAAGAAUCUGAUCUGGGUAACGGGAACACAUUACGAUGAUGAAAACUAUCCAGAUUACAGUCUCGUGCAGGGGUUUCUCCGCACAAUUCGCGCUGAGCAGCCAGAGAAUCAUAUUGUGAACAUUGCUAUCGAGGAUAGAAUGAACGAAGAGGGUUGUGCAAGUAUCAUUUCGACUAUCUUCAAUGAUGCAUUUGGGCAAUUACCAAGCAAGGAGUUGGAAUAUAAUGUUCAGAAUGGGCUGAUAACAAUUGGCCGUGCGGUUGAAAACGUUCCGGCGAAUGAGACUCACCGAGCCCUCGUCUCCGCCCAGCAAAAGAUUCUAAGAUGGGGAGAUGGGCCUGAGCUCCAACUCUCUGCCGGAACUCACGGAGAUCUCACCUCGCUGCGAUUCGUCCGGGAUGAACCUGCAGACACGCCCCUCGGCCAGAAUGAGAUUGAAAUCGAAGCUCAUGCCUGGGGUUUGGGAAGACGAGAACUUGACUCAGCACUUGGAUUGAUCGAUGAGGAUCAAGACAACAUAGGUGGCGAUUGUGCCGGUAUCGUAACCCGGCUAGGCCCUGGGUGCGGAACCUCAAUCAGGGAAGGGGACCGCGUAUAUAUGAGUACCAGGGGCAGCAUUCGGAAGCAUCCUCGUGCUUUGGAAACUUCUAUGAUCCGGAUCCCAGAAGGUUUACCAUUCGAGAAAGCAGCGUCGGAAAUUAUGCCAAACAUGAUUGCCUACCGUGCACUAGUUGAUGUCUCCCAACUUGAAAAGCAAGAGCGAAUUCUGAUCACCGACGGUGCCGACAGCCUAGGGCAGUCAGCCAUUCGGAUUGCUGAAAGACAAUGUGCAGAAAUCUUUGUUACAGUCACCUCAGAGGAACAGCGGAGAUUCUUGGUAGACAAUCUGAGUCUUCAGCAAGACCAUGUAUUCCUCUCUGAGGGUGGCUUUUUCGCCCAGCAGAUAUCCCGCGCCACAGGUGGCCAAGGUGUUGACGUCGUUUUCAACCUGCUCCCCGGCCAGGACGUGUUACAAGCCUCGUUGAAAUGUCUUGCGACAAAUGGUCACUUUCUCAGUGCAAAAGGCGUCGAUACGGAUGCAAAUACUACUCUUGCGUUAAACCAGAUGAAAGCAAACGUGUCUUUCGCAACAGUCGAUGUGUUGAGAUUAACGCCUAAAAAAACCGCCAAGCUGCUUCAGAAUACGGUAGAUCUGAUACAGGAAAGCUCUUACCAAGCCAGGAAAGAUCUUGAAGUUUUCGAGGUCUCUGAAAUUGAAAAGGCUUUCCAGCGGCUGCAGAGUGGCGAGCUCAGUCGCAGGGUGGUUGUGACACCCAAAGCGGAUAACCUAGUUCCGCAAUUCUCUAUCGACGAGAGAUCAUGGAAGUUUCUUCCGAAUGCAUCAUAUCUCGUAGCAGGAGGCUCUGGAGGCCUUGGCAGAGACAUUAUCAAAUGGAUGGUCCGGAGAGGAGCACGGCAUCUCAUUGUCCCAUCGCGGUCGGGCGCCACCUCAGAAGCCGCAAAGUCAUGGGUGUCUGAACUGAAAGCAAGUGGCGUCAAUAUUAUCACCCCUCUGUGUGAUGUCGCUUCUCAUGACGACCUUUCCAGGCUAUUGGAAGAAGUCUCAACCACGAUGCCUCCUAUCAGGGGUUGUAUCAACGCAGCAAUGGCUCUUGAGGACGCCAUAUUUCAAGACAAUAUGAAAUUCUCACAAUGGGAUACUACUGUAAGAUCGAAGGUUCAGACCUCAUGGACUCUCCACAAACUUCUGCCCAACGAUCUUGAUUUCUUCAUCAUGUUCUCCUCGCUCGCCGGAGUGGUUGGCCAGAUGGGCAGCGCGAACUACUCGGCUGGGUGCUCGUUCCAAGAUGCAAUUGUCCGCUACCGUCGCUCACGGGGACUCAAAGCAAUCUCUAUCGACAUUGGCUGGAUGGUCAAUGUUGGCAUCAUUGCAGAGAAGUUCACCUUCCAACGCCAACGUCAAAUUGCCAACGAUAUGCAAUUACUCACCGACCUCGAUCUCCUUGCUGUUUUGACGAUGUGCUGCGAUCCCGGCAUAGAAUAUCCGCUGUUGGAAGAGUGUAGGGGUCAGAUACCUUUCGGACUGGACAACCCAAGGAGGCAUCUUCUCUUAAAUGAACCGGUGCCGGCCAUCUUGGAUCGGCCUCUUCUAUCAACUUUCUCAUACGUUACCGGUAGUAGCAAGGCCGAGAAGGGGAGCAAGGACGACGAGGUAGAGAAGGCAGUCGCCUUGUUCCGCCAAUCGUCCGACUCAGCGGAGCGCGUCGCGCUUGUGUUCCAAGCCUUGGCUGCUAGGCUUGGCCGGGCCAUGUCAAUUCCAGCAAGUGAUGUAGAGCCAAACAAGGCCCUCUCAGCUUAUGGUGUCGACUCUUUGAUGGCGGUCGAGCUCAGGAACUGGAUUGGAAGGGAGUUAGGUGCUACUAUGGCUGUGUUCGACAUCGUUGGUGCCAAGCCCAUCGCGAGUAUUGCAGACCUUAUUGCAGAGAGGAGCACCAUUGGGAAAACCGCAAAGUAA